GCUCAAGUAGCUCUUAGCCAUUUAAUGUUGAGCACCUCGGAGAGAUGUGCUUUAAAAUUUGCAAGUUCUGCUGUCGUGGGCUCCUCCUUUUGGUGCCUGUUGUGCUGGCCUGGCUUUGGAGUGGCUUCCUAGAGCCGCCCGAGCUGGUGAGAACCGUGGGACAGAGUGAAUUUGCACGACCAGAGAACUAUGGCAAGUCGUUUGUUGUGACGGAGGAGCAUCGAAAAGAGUUCUUUCGGGAUGGUGCAACUCUGCUGAAAGGAGUACUCAGACCUGAGGUCGUCGAAAAGCUUCACAAGCUCAUUCUGGCCAAGGCUGAUGCGGGAUACUUCAAUAUGACAACCGCAUUUAACAUGUGGAUGGACUCGGAUGAACUCUUGGAUUUCUACCUUUUCGGACCCCUUGGCGGAAUUGCUGCCCAAUUCUUCAGCAGCCCAGAGUCUGUGACCAGCCACUUGCCACCAUCAGCUCAACUGCAACGAGAUUUUUUGAGCAGACGACAUCAAAACAAUGUGACAAAUGGCUGGCAUAUCGAUCGAACCGAAUGUCAAGGUGGCGAUCAGCCAUCCAAGUACACUUCUACAGCUCUCCCGAGGCUGGCUGUUCCUUUGGCGUUCAAACAAGGCGUGCGAGGCACACAAAUCCUGAACCAAAGUCAGUACGCUGCCGCCAUGCGAGAAGAAGAUUUUCAGCUAUACUGGGCCGGAAAGUCACCAUAUCGUCGAGAAGGUCGCUUUGAGCCGUGGUUUGGCUACGACUACAACACCAGUUUACCAGUCCUUCCAGGUGUCGAAUUGAAGAAAGACAUGAUUAUGGAGCCGUGGAUGGAUCCUGGAGAUGUGGUCAUUUUCAACACCUGCUUGUGGCAUCGAUCGCCUCCAUGGACUGGUCCUGAGGUGGAGUUUGCUCUCCAGCCGACCUUUGCACCCUCUUCCCAUGUCCCCAAAGAUCCGCCCAUUUUGAUGGAUUCGGGAGGAGGUUGGUGUGACCAUGGUCUUGGAGAGAAGUCGAUUGGCAGGGGCAACCCUUGCUUUCCCUUUGCUUUUCCAGAAACCAAACGCCCUUCCAAGGGUUCAACCUUGACCUUUCGAAGAUAUCCGACACCGCUACCUCGGCAUGUAGGAAUGAGCCUCCUGCGCAUCCUUGCAAUGGACAAGCUGCGAAGUGUUUGGUUCAGAUAGAACAGUAUGAAGGUUUGAGCUGAAGGAUUACUGUAAUGCUUCAGAGGGACGAUUGACCCUGCUUGCAGAGUCUCCAAUUCCACAUCAGUCUGUCCAGCUGCUUCCAGACUCUUGAGUCUCUAGGAAUCUCUUUACCCAAAAGUGUGACAUAUUCCGCAAACGCAAUAUGCCGCUUGAAAAGAGGUGGCACAGGAUAGUGGUUUGGAG